GGUCACGUCACUGCUCCUCCUCUGGUCACGUCACUGCUCCUCCUCCUCUGUGUUCAGGUGGACUCGGCCUGGAUCGCCUACAACAAGCCAAAGAGCCCCGAGCUGGCCAACGAGUACGCCGGCUUCCUGAUGGCUCUGGGCCUCAACGGACACCUCACCAAGCUGGCCACGCUCAACAUCCACGACUACCUCACCAAGGGCCAUGAGAUGACCAGCAUCGGGCUGCUUCUGGGCGUGUCCUCAGCCAAGCUGGGCACCAUGGACAUGUCAAUCACUCGACUCCUCAGCAUCCACAUCCCGGCCCUGCUCCCCCCCACCUCCACCGAGCUGGACGUCCCGCACAAUGUCCAGGUUGCUGCUGUGAUCGGCAUCGGGCUGGUGUACCAGGGAACCGGACACAGACACAAUGCUGAAGUCCUGCUGUCUGAGAUAGGUCGGCCUCCUGGUCCAGAGAUGGAGUACUGCACAGACAGAGAGUCCUACUCUCUGGCUGCUGGUCUGGCUCUGGGUAUGGUCUGUCUGGGGCACGGCAGUAACCUGAUCGGGAUGACGGACCUGAACGUCCCCGAGCAGCUGUACCAGUACAUGGUGGGGGGGCACCGCAGAGCUCAGGCCGGAGCCAACAGAGAGAGACACAAGUCUCCCAGCUACCAGAUCAAGGAGGGCGACACCAUAAAUGUGGACGUGACAUGUCCCGGAGCCACGCUGGCCCUCGCUAUGAUCUACCUGAAGACCAACAACAGGUCCAUCGCUGAUUGGCUGAAACCUCCAGACACCUGGUUCCUGCUGGAUUUCAUCAAGCCAGAGUUUCUGCUGCUGAGGACUCUCGCUCGCUGUAUCAUCAUGUGGGAUGAAAUCCUCCCAAAUACUGAGUGGGUCAAGAGUAACAUACCCCAGAUCAUGAGGGGGACCUUUGACCCUUCAGAAGACAUCAACAUGGAGACGAUGGCCCAAGCUCAGGACUACAUCACCGCCGGCGCCUGUAUGGCUUUGGGUUUACGCUUCGCCGGCUCUGCCAACUCCGACGCCUUCGACUGCCUCUACGAGUUCGCCAGGACCUUCAUGAAGAUCAUGUCCUUCGCUGGCACAGCGGCCGUUCAGACGGGCUACUACAACCUGCAGACGGGUCUGUCUAUGAUCCUGCUGGCGAUGUCCAUGGUGAUGUCCGGCACCGGGAACCUGAAGGUGCUGCAGCUCUGUCGCUUCUUCCACAAAAGGACCGGAGGAGAGAUGAACUACGGCUUCCACAUGGCUCACCACAUGGGGCUGGGGCUGCUGUUCCUGGGGGGGGGGAGGUGAGGGACACACACACACACACACACACA